AUAGUAUAAUCAUAUAAUCAUUCGUUUAGUAAAUAUCGGUCAGGUGGCCGCCAAUUUCUCACCUGGAAAACUGUAUCUUCUAUGGAGUGGAGGUGAGAGAUAAGAGACUUUGAAUAAAAAGAGAAAGUUCAACAUUGUAGUAACUGGCGUGUAGUAACUGCUUAAUAAGUAUCAGCGUUUUUACUGUUCAGAAAAUAUUAAUUAGCAGGCUGGUAGGCAAGAUGAACAGUGCCCUCGGGGAAUGUACCCCGGUCCCGGGUUUUCCCCACUGCAGUCAGAUUACCGCCCACUAUCCGUCUCGUUGGUGGGCCUCAUCCUCUGGCCCGUUGGUGACUCUGAAAACCCAGAACCUAGUGUCUUAAGGCGCAGUAGGGAAGUUCUUCCUUGCCGGUAGUCAAGUCCUUUUUCCUUCGAGGCGUAAAUUUAUCCCUAGUGCUUUAAGGACUCGCUAGCCACUGUGGAAAGCCCGGAUGAGGCCCUCUGGUUGGGCGUGGUGUUGCAGUGACGUCACUCUCAGUAUAUUAAAAGGCUCCGGCUUGCUGCCCUCGCCCGAACGUCUAGCAGAGUACCUGCUGCUGUAAGUGUAUCGUCUGGUCUGCACCGCCCGUCUUAACCCAUUCUCGACUUAACUACUCUCGUGGAACAAGCAUGGAAGUACAGAAAGAAGCGCAGCGCAUCAUGACUCUGUCGGUAUGGAAGAUGUACCACUCUCGCAUGCAGCGAGGUGGCUUGCGACUCCACCGGAGUCUGCAGCUGUCCCUCGUUAUGCGCAGCGCUCGAGAGCUCUACCUCUCAGCCAAGGUAGAAGCCCAUCAGCCCGAGUUCCCGCCAUCCCGCAGGGCCCUUGACCCUCGCCUGCACCCGCCGCGGGAAGCCGAAGUUGCAGUGAAAGUAGCGUCCCCCGAAGCCGUGCAGCCUCCGGAGCCCAUGGAUACGCAAGAGGAAGUGCUGCGAGUCCAGGAGACCCCUGCGCUCUGUGACCCGCCCCCCGCUAGAGUCAGCCGCAAGCGCCGGAGCAGCAGCGAUUUGAGCGACGGUAGUGAUGCCGGACUGGUACCAAGCAAGAAGGCCCGUCUAGAAGAGGUGGAGGGGGAGGCGACGUCGGAGGUUCCCGAUCGCCUGCAGCUUCCUCCGGCACAAAGCGAAGGUGCCUUCCCUAACCUCGCCCGCGUCCUCCAAAGGCGCUUCUCCAGUCUCCUGAACUGUGGACCCGCCGUGCCCCCGCCGACGCCCCCCACGUGCGAGGCCAAGCCAGCCUGCCGCCCGGCCGACAAUAUGCUCAACGUGCUGGUGCGAGCUGUGGUGGCCUUCUGAGAAUUACGAGCGGCGCCACCAGAGCGGAGAACGCACACCCGAGGCGGAGGCCAGCGGGGGCCGUGAAGAAGAGCCGCGGCCCGAGCUGCCGAGAGGCCAGGGGAAGGACUGAGGAGCGAGGGGCGCGGGCGCCUUCUCCCAGACGUGCGUCCAUAGGUGCUAUUAAAGGACUGUCCCUUCCUUGGCUUGGAGAAGGGACGCCUAGAUCUUGAAUCUCAGGGUCGAACUCUCUAGGGGCCGGGCUGCCCUUUCAAGGCCGUUUCACUACCAUUCGCGUUUCGGCCCCUACAAGUGGGUACGCUUGUGCAAGCGGUCAGAGUUGCGUCAUGGGACAGACGCGGGUGCUUCCUGUUGCCUUGCGUGGGUGUGGGGCCGGGAGGAGGCCAGGGUGUGGACCCGCCCUAGGGACUGGGAAGUGACUUGAGUCACCUCGCCCCCACAGGCUGCUGUGGGUGAGCCUGAACUGAACCAAUCAAAUCUUUCUGCGAUCAGAGUUGAAGUGGCUGGAGACCCCUGGACCGGUCAACCUAGAUGAUCGCCUGACGUGGACCACCGCGACCGGUGGGCGGCUGGUCGUAGUUGCUGCGGUAGACACAGCUUCGUCUGGCAGGAAAGAAAAAAUUUUUUUUUUACCAGCGUGUUUAAGAAAGUCUGUUUACUUUUCCCACGGUGGGUUGUUUAAUUACCAACUACCUGGAGUUUUACAAUGUCAGCUAGGAAAAUAAAGACCAUCGGUGUAAAACGUG